AUGGGCGUUCAAAAGAAUAAAACUCUUGAUUCCUAUGAUGCAAUUGAAGGCAAUGAUCAAUUAGCUGCGCCAGUAAAAACUAUUGAAGAUAAAUGGAAACUUGUGCCAGCUUUUCUUCAAAUCAAAGGACUUGUUAAACAACAUCUUGAUUCAUUUGAUUAUUUUGUUAAUACUGAAAUAAAAAAAAUUAUGUUAGCAAAUCAAGAAAUUCUUAUUGAAUCUGACCCUUCAUUUUAUAUGAGAUAUUUAAAUAUAGAAGUUCUUUCGCCAAGUAUCGAAGAAGGUUAUAAUAUUUUACGACCGAUAACACCUCAUGAAUGUCGUUUACGUGAUAUGUCUUAUUCAGCUCCAAUUUCUGUUGAUAUUGAAUAUAUAAGAGGUAAAGAACGUGUUAUACGAAAAGGCUUAAUUAUUGGAAGACUACCAAUUAUGUUACGAAGUUGUAAAUGUGUUCUCUAUGAGAAAAAUGAAGCUGAAAUGGCUAAAAUGCGUGAAUGUCCGCUCGAUCCAGGUGGCUAUUUCAUUACAAGAGGUACCGAACGUGUCAUUUUAAUUCAAGAACAAAUAUCAAAAAAUCGAAUGCUCAUUGAAAAAGAUUCAAAAGAUCGUUUUCAAUGUACUGUUACAAGUACAACACAACAAACAAAAACAAAAACAGCUGUAUAUGAGAGUAAAGGGCGAUAUUUUUUGGCACAUAACAGUCUUACUGAUGAUAUACCUAUUGUGAUUAUAUUCAAAGCUUAUGGAAUUCAAUCAGAUCAAGAAAUUGUUGAAUUAGUUGGUUAUGAAGAUCAUAUUGUGAAUAGUUUUUCAGCAUCUAUUGAAGAAUGUCACCGAUUAGGAAUAUUUACUCAGAUGCAGGCAUUGAAAUAUAUUUCAACGAGAAUGAAAAGUUCAACAAAACAAUUUGCAUCAGCUCAAUAUGCCAAUCGUAAUCGAAUCGAUGAAGCACGCGAAUUAUUAGCACAUAUUAUAUUAGCACAUGUGCCAGUUAUUGAAUAUAAUUAUAAAUUACAAGCUGUUUAUACUGCUAUAAUGGUACGACGUGUUAUACAAGCGCAAUUGGGUCAUGUUAAUGUCGACGAUCGUGAUUAUUACGGAAAUAAACGUUUAGAAUUAGCUGGACAAUUGAUUGCGCUUCUAUUCGAAGAUCUUUUGAAAAGAUUCAAUGGCGAUUUACAAAAAGUUGCUAAUAAAACAAUUCCACGUCAGCGAGCAUCACAAUUCGAUGUUGUAAAACAUAUUCGACCAGAUAUAAUUACAAAUGGUCUUGUUAUUGCUAUAUCAACUGGUAAUUGGACAAUUAAGCGUUUUAAAAUGGAACGACAUGGUGUAACACAUGUUCUAUCACGACUUUCUUAUGUUGCUGGUAUUGGUAUGAUGACAAUGAUACAAAGUCAAUUUGAAAAAACUCGUAAAGUAUCAGGUCCACGUUCUCUUCAACCAUCGCAAUGGGGAAUGUUAUGUCCGUCAGAUACACCCGAAGGUGAAGGUUGUGGUCUGGUCAAAAAUCUUGCUUUAAUGACACAUAUAACAACAGAUAUCGAAGAAAAACCGCUCAUACGUUUAGCGCAAAAUCUUGGUAUUGAAGAUAUAACAAUGAUGAACGGAGAAGAAAUCUAUGCUGAAAAUAUGUACAUUGUUAUGCUUAAUGGUAAUAUAAUUGGUGCUACAAAUAAACCAAAAAAGCUAAUUGAUUCCAUAAGAUUUUUACGCCGAAAAGGAUAUCUAAGUGAAUUUAUAUCCGUCUAUACAUUAAAAAAACAACGCGUGAUAAAUAUAUCAUCGGAUAGUGGACGAUUAUGUCGUCCUUAUAUUAUUGUUGUUAAAGGUCAACCUAGAGUAACGAGCCAACAUAUUCAAGAACUUACACUAGGGCAAAAAACAUUUAUCGAUUUUCUCCGACAAGGUCUUGUUGAAUAUCUUGAUGUUAAUGAAGAAGGUGAUUCAAAUAUAGCAGUCUACGAAAAAGAUGUUAAUAAAGAAACAACUCAUCUAGAAAUUGAACCAUUUACUUUAUUAGGCGCAUGUGCUGGUCUUAUUCCAUAUCCACAUCAUAAUCAAUCACCACGUAACACGUACCAAUGUGCUAUGGGUAAACAAGCAAUGGGUGCGAUUGGUUACAAUCAAUCUCAACGUUGUGAUACUCUAUUGUAUUUACUUGUUUAUCCACAACGUCAUUUAGUUAAAACUCGAACAAUUGAAUUGAUCAAUCUCGAAAAACUUCCAGCUGGCCAAAAUGCUAUUGUUGCUGUGAUGAGUUAUUCCGGUUAUGAUAUUGAAGAUGCACUUAUUCUAAAUAAAGCUUCUCUAGAUCGAGGCUUUGGAAGAUGUAUUGUCUAUAAAAAACAAGUUGUUUCUAUGAAACGUUAUCCAAAUCAAACAUGUGAUAAAAUCAAAGGUCCAUUAAUUAAUAUCGAUACAAAAAAACCUAAAUGGGAACAUGAAGUACUCGACAUGGAUGGCAUUGUUGGUGUAGGAGAAAUAGUUGAAAAUAAACAAGUACUUGUAAAUAAGUAUGCACCUAAUUCAACCACAAUGACAUUGGCUGAACAACAAAGCAGUGCUACAGCAGCAGGAAAUGUUUUUGCUGAACCUGAAGAUAAAGAAACACCUUUAAUUUAUCGUAAUCCUGUUCCAGCUUGUAUUGAAAAAGUUAUGUUAACCAGUAAUCAUGAAGAUAUGUUUAUUGUGAAAUUGUUAACGCGACAAACACGUCGUCCGGAGAUCGGUGAUAAGUUCAGUUCGCGCCACGGACAAAAAGGUGUUUGUGGACUUAUUGUACAACAAGAAGAUAUGCCAUUCAAUGAUUAUGGCAUGUGUCCAGACAUAAUUAUGAAUCCACAUGGAUAUCCAAGUCGAAUGACAAUAGGAAAAUUAAUUGAAUUAUUAGGCGGAAAAGCUGGUGUUUUAGAAGGAAAAUUUCAUUAUGGAACAGCAUUUGGUGGUGAUAAAAUAGUUGAUUUAUCAAAAGUAUUAAUAGACAAAGGCUUUAACUAUUUGGGUAAAGAUGUACUAACAUCGGGUUUGACUGGUGAACCAUUACAAUCGUAUAUCUUUUUUGGUCCUAUUUUUUAUCAAAAACUUAAACAUAUGGUUCAAGAUAAAAUGCAUGCAAGAGCACGUGGUCCUCGAUCCAUUCUAACUCGACAGCCAACCGAAGGUCGAUCACGUGAUGGUGGCCUUCGACUUGGUGAAAUGGAACGUGAUUGUCUCAUUGGUUAUGGCGCAAGUAUGCUUAUACUUGAACGUUUAAUGAUAUCGAGUGAUCAAUUUCAAGUUGAUGUUUGUAACCAAUGUGGUUUAUUUGGUUACAAUGGAUGGUGUCAAUAUUGUAAAUCAUCAUCAGAUGUAGCAAGCAUAAAAAUUCCCUAUGCUUGCAAAUUACUCUUUCAGGAACUGCAAUCUAUGAAUAUUGUACCGCGAAUUUCAUUAAAAACACAAAUUUGA